GAUAAUUUUUCCUAUUCUUAGCAGUAGUCAUUGGCAUUUAUUGGAAUUGAUUAAGGCUGAGAAAAAAUUUUAUCACUAUUCCUCACUCACAUACAUUAAAUAUCUUAAUGAUGCCAAGAUGUUCAUGAACAAUUUCUUAGCUUGCAUAAAGGAUGAAUGGAAAAUAAAAAAUGUGGAUGAGUAUAGUAUAGAAACCCGACAGGUUGCUCAACAGGAUGGGAGCUUAGACUGCGGCAUUUUCAUGAUGGGAUACAUAUAUUCCAUCAUCAACGACACACCACCAUUCAUUCAACAGGAUGAUUGUGAACUUCUGCGAGCAAAGAUCGCUAUUGCCUUUAUCUCGGAGGAAGCAGAAAAUCUGUUAGAAGAUGCAUUUACUCAGGAUGAAGACUCUCAAUAUAAAUGUCCUGGAUGUUCUGAAUGUUGAAGUUGAACAUGAGCUUAGAGAUUUGUACUUGGCAGAUUCAUUUUGCGUUCAUUUUGUGUUAAUUGUAUACUUGGCAAAUUGAUUUUGUGUUGAUUGUGUAGCUUAGAUCUGUGCAGGAGCAUAGGGAGUUGAUUUUUGUAGUGGAAUUGUGUAUAUGUUGUUUUAUGCUAUAAUUGUGUUAUUAUUGUCAAAGUU